CGAUUGAGAAAAAUAGUGAUAUCAUGCAUCAAUGAACGAAAGGAUAUUUAUAUUAGGAAAUAUUGAAUAUGAAGAUAGUAAUUGACGAAAAAUAUUAUUGUGUCUAUUUUAGCACCGACGAAGCGAAGACUAGUAAGAUUGGGAAAUAUUGAGGUUAUGUAUCGUUGGGUGUGAAACGCGGAAGGACAGAAAGUUACUCGAGAAAUAAUAUCGAAACAAGAAAAAGAACAACUUGAACGUUUUAUAUUGAUAAAUUGACGAGAAAAACAUGGGUGAUGGAUUUGAAGAACUUUCGCACGACGCGAAUAUAAUUGCCAGACUGAAGCAGUUCAGCGAGGCAGCUUUCAAAAUUCAGGAUAUGGUUGAAUUGGCCAACAAUCCUUCGCUAUUCGAUAAGCUUUCCAAUGCAGAUAAAGUUAAAUAUAACUUGCUGUUAUCCUACAGUCUCAAUAGUUUGUUCUGGAUGUACUUGAGAGCCGAAGGGAUCGAUCCAUCGAAGCACCGAAUCAGAGCAGAAAACGAGAGAUUGAAGAGAUCAAUGGUACGAGCGAAACAAAUCAGUGAUAAGAAUAUACUUAUGCCACGUAUCAACAAAGAUGCCGCCAGGAAAUUUGUGAGAAAUAGCUUGUGGGAAUUGAAACAAAAAGGUCACAAGAACACGGAGAAGAUUGACAAGUCUAAAAAUUCGCCACCUACAUGAAAAUUCCAUUAUACAUAUACUUGACGUUUAUAUAAAAUAUUAAAUCCUUAUAUGCGUUUAAUAUUUAAGAAAUACAAUUCUACGACAUUUAGAUGAUCAA